UCAUUCCAGGCCCUGGAACCCAUAAUCUCCGAACAAAUAAUGCACCUCCACCACACAAAACACCACCAAACCUACAUCACCAACCUGAACGCCGCCCUAGAAGCCCAAGCCACAGCCCUAGCAGCCAACGACGUGCCCUCGCUCCUCAGCAUCCAACAGAAACUCACCUUCAACGGCGGCGGGCACAUCAACCACUCGCUCUUCUGGCGGAACCUCGCGCCGCACGGCUCGCCCGCGACGGACAUCGCCGCCUCCGCGCCGCGACUCAAGGCCGCCCUCGAGCAGCAGUGGGGGUCCGUGGAGCAAUUCACGCGGGCCUUCGGGGCGCUACUGCUGAGUCUGCAGGGUAGUGGGUGGGGCUGGUUGGUCUGCGUUGGUGGGCCAGCCGGAAAGUUGGAGUUGGUUAGCACGAAGGAUCAGGAUCCUGUUGUUGGCGGGAAGGUUCCGGUUCUUGGGGUGGAUAUGUGGGAGCAUGCUUAUUAUCUUCAGUAUUUGAAUAAUAAGGCUGGGUAUGUGGAGCGGAUUUGGGAGGUCGUGAAUUGGGUGGAGGCUGAGGAGAGGUAUACCAAGGGGGUGGAUGGGGCUGCGUUGUUGAAGUUGUAG